GAUACAUCGAAAAUCCUUAAUUUCAAGUCUCGUUUCCAUGUUUUUUCUUACAUCCCCACGUUCUACUGCUACGUCGAACGAUAGUUUUUACAUCCUUUAUCAACAAAUCAGAUCACGAUGCGAAUAACAUCAACAACCUUGACCUUCUGCCUUCUUUUCUCAAGAAAAAAUGGAGAAAAAAUCUUGGGUCUGUACCGUAAGCGUACAACUCAUCCUCUGCUUUGCUCUCUACUGUGCUAUCAACAUGGAUCAGCUUCAAACACCCACUUAUCGCAAUGGAGCUCAGGGUCAACCUGAUGAUAUUUACUUCAUUACCGUUCGAGGUGGAUUUAGACCUCUCAAACAACAAACCCGUCUUCUUAAACAGAUAGAGAAGGUGAUGAAUACAUUUAAGGUGGGAUUUGUGAUUAACAUCAAUGAGCUUGGUGAAGAUGAUCCACUCUUACAGAAUGCAACACAAUAUUUCCAUUCAUCGAAGGUUCCCUGGUACACAACCAUGGCCCUGAGGGAGGAGGAGCCAGAGUACUUUUUCAAGCAGGUCAACGUUUCGAGUGGUAUAAUGCUAGAUAUAAUAGCUCUAAAUACUGGAAAAAUACAGGAUUCAUCAAGUGGCAUAGGAAAAGGUGAGUUAGAGGGGUUAUCAAGAAAACUUGAGUUGAGCAACAGCAACUGGCAUAUUGCUUUGGGAUUUCAUCCUCUCUCCUGUAAUCAAACACAAGCAGAAGGAAAUGGAAAUGGUGUUCUGCUUGAGAUGUUACUGAAUCAUGGAGUGGAUGCUUACCUAAGUGGACGGUCUUGUGCUAAUGAAGCUCGUGUAGGAGGACCUCAUUUGACGACCAUAACUCAGGAAUCACAUCCUCCCAAGGAAAUGGUAGUAAACAUGUUCCUUCUUCACAGAGUCAGCCCCCUUGAAAUUGCGACUUAUGGUGUUAGUUUCAAAGGGGAUAUGAUUCAUGAAUCUACAUUAAGACAAAGAGGCAGUGAGAUGAUGUAAUUGGUAAAGAGUAUAGUUAUCACUCCAUUGCAAUUCAUUGAAGAUAAGCCAUUCAUGGAUGUAUUCAUCUAAUUCAAUUAUUGACUUCUUGUAGUAGUUUCAAGAUUGUUGUUAUAUGUGAUCUUGUAAAAUUGGUAGGGAUGUUGAUGCUAUGAAGUUUGCCAAGAAGAGACUAUUGGUUUUUUUUAA